AUGCUCGCCUCGUUCACCCCCGCGCUCGCCACGCAGCGCGCGUCCUUGCGCGGCCGCGCGGUGAAGCCGUCGCCGUCGCGCGUCGCGCCGCCGCGAUCGCGCCCCCGCGCCGCCGCGCUGCGGACGUCCGCGAAACUGUACGAAAACAUCCUCGAGACGAUCGGAAGCACGCCCAUCAUCAAGAUCAACAAGCUCGCGCCCGAGGGCGUGACGAUGUACGCCAAGGCGGAGUUCUUCAACCCGUGCUCGUCCGUGAAGGAUCGCCUCGCGCUCGCGGUCAUCACGGACGCGGAGCGCCGCGGCGUCCUCAAACCCGGCGACACCGUCGUCGAGGCGACCUCCGGCAACACCGGCAUCGCCGUCGCGAUGGUGUGCGCGCAACGCGGGUACGAGUGCGUCAUCUGCAUGGCCGAGCCCUUCUCCGUGGAACGCCGCAAGAUCAUGCGCAUGCUCGGCGCGAAGGUGAUCGUGACGCCGAAAGCGGGCAAGGGCACCGGGAUGGUCGCGAAAGCGGAGGAGCUGUGCGAGAAGCACGGGUGGUUCCUGUGCUCGCAGUUUGAGAACGACGCCAACCCGGCGUUUCACGCGUCCACCACCGGACCGGAGAUCCUGAGCGACUUCGCCGGGAAGCGGCUCGAUUACUUCGUCACCGGGUACGGCACCGGCGGGACGUUCCAGGGCGUCGGCAGAGUCCUGAAAGCCGCGCGCCCGGACGUGAAUAUCGUCCUUCUCGAGCCCGAGGCGGCGGGGCUCAUCGCGUCCGGGACGAAGACGGAGCGCAAGCCCACGGGGGCGCCGAAGGGCUCGCACCCGGCGUUCACCCCGCAUCCGAUCCAGGGGUGGACCCCGGACUUCAUCCCGAAGGUGCUCGAGGACGCGCAGGCGAUGAACCUGUACGACGAGCUCGUCCCGAUCACCGGCCCGGAGUCGAUCGAGACGGCGCAGAAGCUCGCGAGGAUGGAGGGCAUCUUCACCGGCAUCUCCGGCGGCGCGUCCAUGGCGGGCGCGCUGAAGGUGGCCGCGAACGCGCCGAAGGGGUCCGUGAUUCUCACGAUGCUUCCGGACACGAGCGAGCGGUACAUGUCCACGCCGCUGUACGAGAACAUCGCCGCGGACAUGGACGAGGCCGAGCUCGAGAUUGCGAAGAGCACGCCGUCGUUCCAGCUCCUCCCGGGAGAGGAGCCCGUGCUGCAAAUGUGA